UGCUUCUGCACCGAAAGUCUCAAUUUUUUUUUUAAAUUUUUUUCCGCCUCUCUUUCCUUUUCAAUGGAGGCCCACGCAAGCGAUCUCACCUCCUUUACGACAUUAUCCUCUGUGUUCGAACCUACAGGAGCGUUGAAAUUUUGCUUCCUUUUCAAACACUACUUAAUCCACCUCCAAACACAGAGAGAAAGAAGGAGAUCAUCUCAGGCCGGUGUUUUACUCAGAUGGAGGUGAAGAGGCGAACGGCAAGGUCUCUGGUGCAGAGGCUGAGUUCCGUUUCAGAACAAACCCAAACCGAGGCGAUAUGCGAGCUUCGUCUCAUCUCCAAGCACGACCCGGAUAGCCGUUCCUUCAUAGCAGAAGCUGGCGCCAUUCCUUACCUCACCGAAACCCUCUAUUCCUCCUCCACCGUCGCCCAGGAAAACGCGUUGGCUACUCUUCUUAACAUCUCCAUCUCCAACCGCGAUGUUCUCAUGUCCACUCGCGGCCUUCUCGAUGCGCUUUCCCACGUUCUCCGCCUCUCCACUUCGACCCCUGCCACCGUCCAAACUGCCGCCGCGACCCUUUACAGCCUUCUCGUCGUUGAUGAGUAUCGACCCAUUAUUGGCGCCAAGCGGGAUAUCAUCUUCGCCCUUGUCGACAUCAUUCGGAACUCCAAUUCACCUGCGAGGUCGAUCAAGGACGCCCUUAAAGCCCUCUUUGGUAUCUCGCUUUACCCGCUCAACCGUGCUACCAUGGUUGAAUUGGGUGCAGUUCCUGCCCUUUUCUCGCUUGUGGUGAAGGACGGCCGGAUUGGGGUUGUCGAGGAUGCUACGGCGGUGAUUGCGCAGGUGGCCGGGUGUUUCGAGAGUGGGGAUGCCUUUCGGAAGCUGUCGGGAGUGGGGAUUUUGGUGGAUUUAUUGGAUCCGACGACGGGUUCGACGGUUAGAGUGAGGGAGAACGCGGUUUCGGCGUUGUUGAAUCUGGUUCAGUGUGGAGGGGAGAAGGUUGUGGAGGACAUUCGGGAGAUGGGUACAGGAGUUUUGGAUGGAAUUGCAGAAGUUGCGAAAGAUGGUAGCGCCAAGGCGAAGGGUAAGGCGAGCAUGUUGUUCAACGUACUUGAUAGAGGAGGUUUUAAUGGCGUGAGGGAUCCACGGUUUGGUUUUGUUUUGGAACAAGCAGCCUGAACUCUGAAGUUUCUUACUUUCCUACUCUGUAAUUUAGAUAACGAUAACACUGUUUUUCUUUUUGUUUUCCAUUCUUAUUUUUGUAGUCAUGCUUGGGUGGGUGAGUCUUGUAUAAACUUUUUAUUGAUUAUAUGUGUUUCAUUUCUUAAUGGAUUCCAUUAGGGAUCACUUCCUCAAUUCCAAGUCGAAUUGUAUAUUUGAUACAGAAACAGUGAACAUACAUACGAUAAGCAUUGAGAUUUUUUUUAA